AUGCAUCUGAAAAUUGCGGUCCCGCAGGCCAAAGAGCCUCUCGCCUCGGUCGAAGAACACACACGAGCAACCGUUAGAACGCUGUUCCAGCUUUUGGAAUCACAGGGUCAAAGUAAAUACCUCGGCGAGCAGGUGACUCAACUAGAACACUCGCUACAAUGUGCACAUCUUGCUACACAGUCCCCCACGCAUGGUGAUGACCUCGAGGUUAUUCUGGCUGCUCUUUUCCACGAUAUCGGACGAUUCAUCCCCGACGGCCAGUAUAUCGGAAGGCAGAGCCACGAGAUUUUGGGAGAAACUUUCCUGCGCGAGAUUGGGUUCAGCGAGAAGGUGUGCAAAUUAGUUGGUCAGGACCAGGUCCGCGAGGCGCAGCAUGAUCCUUUACUCGAGGCAAAGCUUGCUGUUAGGCGAUGUGUUGAACUUGCGAAAGAGCCCGGCUGUGAAGUACCUCCAUUGGAGGCAUACGAGGAACUGGCGUACCAAUGCUUGAUAAAAUCCCGGUCAAAAUUCACACUCCAUUCAAAGACGUACAACUUGCCAACACAACCGACAGUCGUGAUCUGCAUCGACGGCUUUGAUCCAGACUACUUGAAAUCCGGAAUUGAGAAAGGUCUUCUGCCCACGUUUAGGAAAUUCCUUGUCCAUGGAUUCCACGCCACUGCUAAGAGUUGUAUGCCCUCUUUCACCAACCCGAACAAUGUGUCUAUCAUUACCGGUGCACCACCCUCAGCGCAUGGAAUUGCCGGGAACUUCUUCCUGGACCGAAAGACAGGUGAGGCCAAGAUGAUAACCGACGACUCCUUGCUCCGUGGCUCAACGUUGCUGGAACAAAUGUCUCGGCGCGGUGUAAGAGUCGCUGCUAUUACUGCGAAAGAUAAAUUACGCAGGAUUCUUGCACAUGGCUUGAAAGGGGCUAUAUGCUUUUCUUCAGAAAAGGCAGCAGAUUGUACCCUGGAAGAGAACGGAAUCUCCGACGUGGAACAGUGGCUCGGUCGCCCUGCGCCUAGUCAAUACUCCAGUGACCUGUCUCUGUUUGUGCUCGACGCGGGCAUCAAGCUGCUGGAAGAAAAAAGAUCAGACAUUUUGUAUUUGACAUUGUCUGAUUACAUCCAGCACAAGCACGAGCCCGGUAGCCCAGAGGCUGACAGCUUCCUGAGCGCAAUUGAUGAGUGCUUACAGAGGCUCGCAACUCUAGCUCCCGUUAUCGGCGUCACUGGUGACCAUGGCAUGAGUAACAAGUCGAAUGAGGCAGGGGAGCCUAACGUCAUCUUCUUGGAGGAUGUUUUGAACGCCGAGUUUGGGCCGAAUGCUUCUAGAGUCAUUUGUCCCAUCACUGAUCCGUUCGUUCGACACCACGGAGCACUCGGCUCGUUUGUGCGGGUCUAUUUGAAGGACAUCUCGCAACUUCAAUCCGUCAUAUCAUUCUGCGAGUCGCUCCCGGAUGUAGAGCUUGCGCUCAGCGGCCCGGUUGCCGCCCAAAGAUACGAGAUGCCCCUGGACCGAGAGGCGGACAUUGUGGUAAUUUCCAAGCCACAUGCCGUUAUUGGUAGUUCUAAAGCCAAUCAUGAUCUCUCCGGCUUGAGAGGCCAUCCAUUGCGGUCUCAUGGAGGCCUGAGUGAGCAAGACAUUCCUGUGAUCAUGUCGAAACGGGUGAACGACGGAAGCAAGGCGAAAGCCAAACGCUGGAGGAAUUAUGACAUCUUUGAUCUGGUGCUCAACUGGUCAGCAUGA